ACGCUGUCUGUUUCCUCCAGGCAUGGCUGGCCACCAGCAGACAAACCAGGUGGUGACAAUCACCACCAAUCAGAACCCUGGGCAGUGGAGCACCGACCUCUGUGAAUGCUGUGUUGAUAUGAACAGCUGUUGCUGCGGCUUCUGGUGUUUCCCCUGCAUGCAGUGUCAGACAGCCAGUAAACAUGGAUGGUGCUGUGCAAUGCCACUCCUGGAUGUUUGCGGCGUGGUUUCCUGCUUACUCCGUCAGUCCAUCAGAGAGAGCCACAACAUCCCUGGCUCGUUCACCGAUGACUGCUGCAAGACAUGUUGGUGUUACUCGUGCGUCUGGUGCCAGAUGCAUCGCGAGCUGAAGAUCAGAGAAAGCCAGCAGCCCGACACCUCGACUGUGAUCACCACACAAGCCAUGCUGUAAACAGUUUUGCUCUGGAUCAAAGGCAUGUGUCCCAUUCAAAGCCACAUGUUUCAAUUCACUUCUGUAUUAUCUGCAUGUAACAGUCAUCUCAAAGCAUUUUGACCUCAGUUGAAUUUUGAGAGCUGUAAACUAACCUUUAAUGUAAAUUAACCUGUAGUGUGUUAUUUGCCUAGCUCACUGUCAUUCAUUGUUUGCAGAGCUAAUUUCAUGUAACAAGUAAUAAGAAUGGUUAUGCAGAGAUCCAAAUAACAGUGCUAGCUCACUGUAUUUUUGUGAGAAGCUUUUUUUGAAGUGACGAGUUUGACCUGAUCUCACCAGACAUCACCACAUUUAUCACUUUACAUCUCAUCCUGGGAAUCUCCGAGACACACCCAGCGACCCGUAUAACCUCACCUUGAUGACCUGAAAGCCGCUACUGUGACCAAAACAAGGGGGAACCUUUUCCUGUGUUUAAUAGUUUAAUAGAUGUGAGUUAUAUCUUUCAUUUAUAAUGGUUCACAUUUAAAAAACAUACAGCCCAACGCUGCCCUCUGCAUCAGUACAUAUGUUAGCACAGCCUCCACAUUUAUGCAACUCUUGUUAUGUUCACUGUCCAGGCUGCAUUAAACCUGUUAUUUUACUUUUAAUUAUGGAGACAGUGGAAACAAUCUAUAAAUCUUUGUAGUAUGUAAACCUUUAUGUGCAUAUGUUGAACUGAGACUUAGUGUUUAAACUGCCCCUUUUUCUUAUACUAAGAUAGGAUUUGGUGUAUAGGAAAAAGAAACAUCUUAUUUAAACACCCAGCACCCAAAUAUUAGUAUUCAUUUAAUGGCUCUCUUGUACUCUUUAAAAUAAAUAAAAAGUCUUUUGGCAAACGUGA